GCCACGGGACUCUUUCUCCGAAUGUGCGUUUUGGUUUAGACUCGUAUUUUUGUGUAAAAUAAAAAUAUAAUUAUCAUUAGAAUUCAGUUUUUUUUUAACUAUUGUGAUUGUUAAUUUUCUUUGUCAUGGAUGCGGAUAAAGAUCGUAAACGCAAGAAAGAUAAGCAUCGUGAUGAAGAGAGUCGUAAGGAAAAGAAGUCUAAAAGGGCUCGUUCCCAGGAUAAAGAUCAAGAUAGAGAUUCAAAUCGAAAGCGGAGGCAUUCUAGAUCCCAAUCACCAGCCGUCAAGCGCGAAAGAGAUGACCGGAACCGCGAGGAACCUAAAGAACCGGAGGUCAAAAAGGAUGUUCCUGAAAGGAAGGCCAAAGAUAUAGACAUGCUGAACACGAGAACUGGCGGUGCUUACAUACCACCGGCGCGGCUGCGGAUGAUGCAGGCGCAGAUCACGGACAAGUCUUCCAUGGCGUACCAGAGGCUUGCAUGGGAAGCCCUGAAGAAGUCUAUUCAUGGUCACAUUAACAAAAUUAACGUUGGCAACAUAGGCAUUAUUAUCAAGGAAUUAUUGAAGGAGAACAUAGUCCGCGGACGCGGUCUCUUGUGCCGUUCAGUCAUACAAGCCCAAGCGGCGUCUCCAACAUUCACAAAUGUCUAUGCAGCAUUGGUAGCUGCAGUCAACUCUCGCUUUCCAAACAUUGGUGAACUAUUACUUAAAAGGUUAGUCAUCCAAUUUAAAAGGGGUUUCAAACGGAAUGACAAACCUACUUGCAUAUCAUCAGCCUCAUUUAUUGCUCAUCUUGUGAACCAACGAGUUGCACAUGAGAUUAUAGCUUUAGAAUUGUUAACUCUACUUGUAGAGACUCCUACGGAUGAUUCCGUUGAGGUGGCGAUAGCUUUUAUGAAGGAAUGUGGUCAGAAGCUUAGUGAGGUGUCAUCAAAGGGUGUGAAUACCGUGUUUGAGAUGUUGCGUAACAUUUUGCAUGAAGGUCAGUUGGACAAGCGCGUGCAGUACAUGAUAGAGGUGAUGUUCCAAGUGUGGAAGGAUGGGUUCAAGGACCACCCGGCGCUGAUCGAGGAGCUGGAGCUGGUGCCGGAGGAGGAGCAGUUUACACACUUGCUGAUGUUGGAUGAUGCUACUGACCCUCAGGAUAUCCUAAAUGUCUUCAAACAUGAUGAUAAGUAUGAAGAAAAUGAGGACAAAUACAAGACACUAAGCAAAGAGAUCCUGGGAUCUGAUGCAGAGUCAGGAGAAGAAGAUGGCUCCGGAGAAAGUGGUAGCGAAGAGUCUGAUGAUGAGGAAGAGGGCGGGGAACAGAAGGAAGUCACCAUCAUAGACAAUACGGAGACAAACUUAGUAGCAUUACGGAGGACUAUAUAUUUGACCAUUAACUCAAGUUUGGACUUUGAGGAAUGUGCACAUAAGCUAAUGAAGAUGCAAUUGAAACCAGGACAGGAAGUAGAACUCUGCCACAUGUUCCUGGACUGUUGCGCCGAGCAGAGAACAUAUGAGAAGUUCUACGGAUUACUCGCACAACGCUUCUGCAAUAUUAACAGAAUGUACAUUGGUCCGUUUGAGGAAAUCUUCAAAGAGUCAUAUUCCACAGCUCACCGAUUAGACACAAAUCGCUUAAGGAAUGUCAGCAAGUUCUUUGCACAUCUGCUGUUCACCGACUCCAUAAGCUGGGAGGUCAUGGAGUGUGUGAAACUCAAUGAAGAAGACACCACAAGUUCGAGCCGCAUUUACAUCAAGAUCCUUUUCCAAGAGUUGGCGGAAUACAUGGGGCUGAAGAAACUGAAUGAUCGGUUGAAGGAUCCGACGCUGCAGGAGGCGUUCGGCGGCGUGUUCCCGCGCGACAACCCCAAGAACACGCGCUUCUCCAUCAACUUCUUCACCAGCAUCGGUCUCGGAGGCCUAACUGAUGAGCUCCGGGACCAUCUUAAGCAGAUGCCCAAGAACGUGCCGCCGUCGAUCACGCAGAUCCAGGUGUCCAGUUCGUCCAGCAGCGACUCCAGCUCCUCUUCCAGCGAAUCGUCCAGCUCCAGCGAAUCCGAUGCAGAAAGCAAAAAAGAUAAGCGCAAGAAAUCCAAAAAAGAUAAAAAUAAAGACAAAGCGCAGAGUCCGGAAAAAGAAAAACCUGUGGAGCGCUGGGGACACGACGGGUUCUACGACCAGCACGGGCCCGGGGCACGCCGCGACCCCGGGCCCGCCAGACCCGGCGACGGGUUCGCCCGACCCCGCGACUCCGGCUCCCACAGAUCCGACGUCGGGUUCGCCCGACCCCACGACUCCGGGCCCCAUAAACCCGACGACGGGUUCGCCCGACCUCGCGACUCCGGGUCCCACAGACCCGACGACGGGUUCGCCCGACCCCGCGACCCGCCAAGGCGGGACAGGAAAAACGGAGAUGACCGAAGGGAAAGAGGUCAAGAUGAUUCUAGAAGACAAGAUAGAAGGAACGAUGACAGACGAGGAGAGGACUAUAGAAGUGACAGGGAUAGCGGCUACGAAGACUCCAGAAGAAACCAAGAAGAGAUAAGAAAUGAAGGGCGACGCAGAGAUGAUUCGAGAAGCGGCAGAGAUAGCGGAAUUGAAGACCGUCGUAGAGAUGAGUCUAGAAAGAAUAGAGACAGACGUGAUAAGGAUGAUAUUAGAGAAAGCGACGAUCGGCGACGGAGAGACGAUGAUCGUGAUGAUAGCGACGAUGAAAGAGCCAGACAAAGGGAAAACAGAAGCAAAAGAAUUGACAAAGAUAAGAGUAGUAAAGAAAAACGGAAUGCAGACAGAAGGAAUAGAGAAAAUGAUAGCGAUUCCGAAGAAGACGGAACCAAAAAUAAAGAAAGAAAACGCAGAGAUUCGAGCGAAGAGAAGCGAGGUAAAAAGAAAAGCAAAAAAAGAUCUGAAAAGGAAAAUAUUGAAAGUGAUCGGAAAAAGGAUAGAAGGAAAGAGAGUAGUUCAGAUUCUGAAGAUGAGAGGAGUUCUAAAUAUAGGACAGACGAUGGUUGGGAUAUAAGAAGAGCAAGUAGUAUAAGAAGGGAGGCUCCGACUGGGUACUGGGACAGUUACAAAGUCAACCCCAGGGAGGAAAAGAGGUCUAAAGAUAGGAGGGAGCGCUAAGCAAAGUUGAUUGCUCAAAACAAUACUGCGGUAACUUUCUCAAUCGGAAGAGUAUACAACCAAGUGAGGAAACUGCCUUAAAAGUCCCCAGCAAUCUCGGUUUUUCAUACAAACGUAGUUAUGCUCUCAUUUUAAAAAUAACUAGCUAGAUAGCUCUGAAACUUUGUACUUACAAUAGGAUAAGGUCUAUGUCUGUUAUUAGUUUAUGUAGCUUUAGAUACAAUAGUUAAAAAAAUACUGCGAAUUUAAGUUUUUCAUACAAAACUUGUUUUUUGCUCUAUUUCGUUUGUUUUAUAAACUGGAGCUAUAUAAACAUAAUUACAGGCCUAGAUAUACCUCAUUCAUAUUGUAUGUGCAAAGUUUCAUUACAAUCCAAGACGUAGUUCUAAAAUGAGAACGAAACUCCGUUUGUAUGGGAAGGUGAAAUUCGGCCGAGCUUGCUGGGGACUCUUAAUCGCAAUUCAACUACUAAAAAGUAGUGAAUACCAAAAUUAUUUUGUAACAUGAUUUGCAAAAUAUCCGAUUUGUAAGA